CUCUCCUGCUGGAGCAGAAGGAGGAAAGCGAGGCGGGAAGGCGGGCCUCCAGGGCCUCUUCUCGCACACAGCCUUCCUUCCUGGGGACGCGCUCCGUUGGCUGCUUCCAGAGCCGGCAAAGGGCGUGCCCUGGUUUUCCUUUGUGUAAAAUAUCUGCAACGCAAGAAUGGCAGCAAAUAAACCCAAAAGUCAAAAUUCUUUGGCUCUGCACAAAGUAAUCAUGGUAGGCAGUGGGGGUGUAGGAAAAUCUGCAUUAACUCUGCAAUUCAUGUAUGAUGAGUUUGUGGAGGACUAUGAACCUACCAAAGCUGAUAGCUACAGAAAAAAGGUGGUCCUGGAUGGGGAAGAAGUCCAGAUAGAUAUUUUGGAUACAGCAGGACAGGAGGAUUAUGCUGCAAUCAGAGAUAACUAUUUUCGAAGUGGAGAAGGUUUUCUCUGUGUGUUUUCCAUUACAGAACUUGAAUCUUUUGCAGCUACAGCUGACUUUAGAGAGCAGAUAUUAAGAGUGAAAGAAGAUGAAAAUGUUCCCUUUUUGCUAGUUGGUAACAAAUCAGAUUUGGAAGAUAAAAGACAGGUUUCUGUAGAAGAAGCAAAAAACAGAGCUGAUCAGUGGAAUGUUAACUAUGUUGAAACAUCUGCUAAAACACGAGCUAAUGUUGAUAAGGUAUUUUUUGACUUAAUGCGAGAAAUCAGAGCAAGAAAGAUGGAAGACAGCAAAGAAAAAAAUGGGAAAAAGAAAAGGAAAAGUCUAGCUAAGAGAAUCAGAGAAAGAUGUUGUAUUUUAUAAUCAAAGUUCCAAACUAUCUUCAUACCUUGACCAUACUAAUAAAAUACAUAACUUUAUAGCAUGCCAUUUGGAGGCUCUUAUGACUGAAAUUACUCUUAGCAGUUUGGGAUUUGUAAUGUAUCACUUAACGCAUGAAUUGGGACCGCACUGAAGUCGUUCAUGAAAAAAGUUUAAUUUGGCUUCAAGAGAAGCAGAAUUCAGCCCAUUUCAUAACUUGCCUCCUCUCACCAUGGUUCUUCUGAAUGUAGAGGUUUUUUCAUGCGCAGUCUCCCUAGAACUGUAAACAAACAAAAAAGCAUUACUUAUGUUUCUCUGAAAGCAUACAUUUUUAUAUCACCAAAUCUUCACUUUGUCUUCUACUGCCUUGAAAACUACAGCGGUGGUCAAAACUAAGCAAAGGUAGUAUAUAAGCUUUUUUGCUGUUAUAAGAUUAUGCAAAUUAGAGAAGAGAAACUGGCUCUGUUCUCUACAUCUAUUGGGAGUCAUUUAUACAUGGAAUUAGCAUAGACAAAUGGUAUAAACUCAUGAGAAUAUUUGAAUAUGCCUUAAUUUAAAAACCUAAAAAUGUUAAUGUAGUUAAGGGUAUAUCUUCAUUGUGAUGCACUGAUGUGUGUGCAUCAUUAUGAAAUUAUAUCUUGUAGUGUGAAGCGCAGUUCUUGUGAACAAUUUUGCUAACUAGCUUUGUGCUAGAAGUAUGUCUGAUCAGAAAGUGUGCCAUACUCUAGGUCUUAAAUAGUCCAGAGCAUACAGUUACCUUGAUUGCUUUAAGUGAAAGGGCCGACAUAUACAUGUACAUCUGAGAUUAAAGUGAAGAGGGUACAGUACAUUUCAUUCUGAAGUGGUCAUUUCUCCUUAAUGCACAGAUACUGACAUUGACCUCUGCAUAUACUUAAUGUCUACAUAUUUAGGGUGGGUAUUUUCCUGGGGUUGGGGAACAGUGUGGAUUUCAGUAGCACAAAUGUAGUCUUGCUCUUAGGGCUGUCUGGAAAAUACUGAUCAAUUGCCUGUUUUUACUGUGUUUCUCCAUUCUAAGCCUUUAGUAACAUUAACUGUGCAUUAUGUAAUAGGGAAGCAUUCAAACUCCUUUUUUCUAGUUUAAUAUCAGUCAAGUAAACCACCCUACUCUGCUAUGUAAAAAGACUGACUGUGUGCUUCCAAAAUCCCUCAUCAUUACACUACAGUUGUAUUGUCUUCAACUCAUCUGCAAUUGAAAGAAUACUAGCACAAUGUUAGUAUGUGGAACUGAACUAAAACCAUUGCCUCUUGAGACUUUUAAGCCUCUUGAGUGUGAGUGUAAAGGUUAGGUCAGUUCCAAAAAACAAUUUUUGUAUACAUGUGUAAACUUAUAAAUUGUCUGUUCAAGGUGUGUCAGAGCAGCAUAGACGAAACUUGUAUUUAACAUGCUAACAAGUAGGAUAUUAGUAAUGUAUCUGUUUAGAGAACACUUGUUAAUCCAGAAAUUUUGUACACAUCCUCCAGUAGAUGAUACCAUGUGCAGAAUUAGUUCUUGAUGUGCCUGACCAAACAGAUUGGUCCUCAUUUAAUUGUGUAUAUGUUUUCAGUCUGUCUACCCAGGGAGUUUAACCACUAACAUUGUGAUGUUUGUGUAAUGGGAACCAAGGUGUUAUGAAGCCAAUGGACACAUAAAACAAUUGUCGUAGGCUGAUGCCUUACCAGAUUCUUUUUAUUUGCUAUUUGAGCCAUUAACUAUGAAUAAACUUUCAUUUUUUAAGAUA